AUGGCAUCGCAGUCCUCACUUUCCACCCUCCGAGCUGUCAGCUACCGGAUAUCAUCAACACCUACCAAGCAGCUUCCGGCCUUGAUACCGCACGUUACAGCCUUGUUGCCAGCCUGCAAGCAGUUGCUUGCUGCUCCUCAAGAUGCGAAAGCCAAAGACUCCUCGGAUGCCGCCGCCGCAGGUCACAAGUUCAGGACUCAACUAUCCACUAUGCUCCAAGACCGCACCGUCGAGGGCCGAUGGGCUGCUGUUGUCCUUGUAAAAUGCACCGUCGAGGUUGGAGGGCAUGAAGUCCUUCAAAAAUGCGCCCCGUGGGUAAGGGGUCUCCUGAGCAUACUGGGGAGGCCGGAUCCUCCAACUACGAGGAAGCUCUGUAUGAUCACUUUAACAAGGAUUUUCAUACUGACCCGCGAUCAUCCCACACUGCUUCGGGAGGUUACCACCCCUUCUCUGCCUACCAUGAUUGCGACUUGCCUCAAAGUGUUCACAGCAGGGUCACAGUCAUUAUCAGUGCAGCAGAACCCGGUCCAAAGAGCGCUGCUUCAAACGAUGCUUGAAUGCUUCACUCAGUUGUUGCCUCGUCAUCCUACCAUAUUCCGGUCCUACCAGAGCCAGUUGCAGCAGCUUCUAGUCCAAACCAUCGCUCCCACUCCGUCCAGCAGCUCACAACACAUCCCUGCUCUCCCAUGUCCGGCCUGCGAAGCCGCAAGGCGGCUUUUUGUACAGAUGCAUUGCUGUGCGCCGAAAUCCACGUCGACUGAGGAAUGGGAAAGCAUGCUGAAGGCCGUUGUCACCAGCAUCCAUCGUACAGCUGACAAGGUAUUCCGCGCCGUCAUUGAGGACUGGGAGUCGGUAGCAGGAAUUUCUUCCUCAGGACACAACACUCACGGGACUCUGGAAUCGGACGUGCACGAACCCAAACCAGACGCCAUAGGACUUCCCGGGUGGUCCGGUCUCUUUGCUGGAAGCGAGAGAAUGAUCGGCUUACUGAGGCUGUUAUCCCAGUUCAUUCGCACACCAACCGUAGCCGCAGUUGGUGUACGGAUCGGAUUGAUCACUGACCUGCUGAACCGCCUCCUCUCGUUGACCAUACCUUCGAACACCGAGGAAGCCGUGACUCAAGCCAGCCUGCGAUUCAAUAACCAGAUCGGAAGAGAAGAGCGUGAAAACCUGUUUGUAGCGCUACCCCAAAUCCAUGCAGCGACCAUUGAGGUUCUGGAGGUCCUUGUCGAGCGCUUUACAGACGCAGUGCAUUCGACUCUGCCCGGCUAUCUCGAUCAGCUCGUGUGGAUAGUCAAGGCCGAGAACACGUCCGAUAUUAUAAGAGCUUCUGUGUACCACGCCGCCAUUCAGCUAGUGGAAAUCUUAGGGUCAUCUAUGACUAAAACCUCGGUAGAUGCACUCAGUCAGAUGAUACAACUCGCCUGCGGCGACCUUCUGCAUGACUCUCAGGCAACUGGUGCCAGUCUAGAUCAAGCAAACGGAAAGCGCAACGGUGGUCAUACGACAAUGGACAUUUCUCUUGGCACCGCCGCCGCACCCAGGCCUUCGACAUCGCUCUCGAGUGGUCCCGUAUUAGCCGCCUACAGCUUGCUCCCCGUCCUGCUCGGCAGAAUCUCCGCUCAACAGAUCUCUGUAUCGCUUCGGACCUUGAUGGAUCGGAUGGCGGUCUUGCAUCGUCACAAGGAGGCUCUGCUAGCCAGUGCCCUCAAUCCACCGGUGAAGAAAGGAGGGACAGCGGCCAGCAGCAUUUUGCGUUUGCUCGCUACCUCUUUCCCUGAAAGCUUGGAAGUUGAAGGAAUGCUAAGGCCGCGCAUGCCCGUGACCAGGACAGGCUUCCCUGUUGACGGGGAUAUGGCAUCCGACGAGGAUCAAGCUGAGGCCAUUGAAGACAGACAUCCAUCGUUCCCGCCACCUGAUCCUGUGAUACUCCCACAGAACGAGGCAUCGCCGGAAAGCCGUUCGGCUGGCGCCAUAGUCGCUGGUGGCGAGCUCCCCGUAGUGCCGCUUGGUGACGAAACCAUGGACGAUGGCUCUGAGGAGGUUCAGCAAGCGACCUUUUCAGAGCCGCACAGCUCCAAGGACAUUGCGAACGCGAGCCGAUCGACCAAGCGCAGCGAGCCUCCUGCUGGAGGUUCACCGUCGUCGCACAAACGGACGCGUCGCGAUAUAUCUGCGCAGCCACCGCUUAGCAAAGGAGUAGCCACUCCGACCGUACCCCAUACAGCUGCUGCCGCCAUCCCAGAUGUUCCAAUAGCUGAGACUGUUAGUGAAAUCUUGAUAGCAGGGGCAGGUACGGAGACCACUCCUGAAGCCGUAUUGCCUCAACAACCUUCAGCGGGAAGCAGUCCGCGACUCCAGGUAGAUGUCGCAGGCGAUAUGGAUGAUGACGACGAUUUUGAGGUUCCGGCACUCACUUUGGGCCACGACACGUCAGAUGACGAAGACGACGGAGCAUAA